AUGGCACCAAUCCGACCAGUACAAAAUAUCGUCAUCGUCGGUGCUGGAAUUGCCGGCAUCGCAUGCGCCUUAGCCCUAUCCCGAGAGCUUUCUCCAUUCGUCCCGGGCUUGAAAAUAACCGUCUUCGAACGACACGAUGUACUAUCAACCUCCGGCGGAGCUAUCAACCUGACCCCCGUCGCACAAAGACAUCUCGCGCAACUGGGUGUGCUGGAUGAGCUGAACCGAAUGGGAGCCGAAGGCGGCGCAGACGUCGAUGCGAUUCAGCUUUUCUCCAUGCGAUCGGGCCGUCCGAUCGGCUCCAUCAAUUUCACAGACAGCAAUGGGAAAGGGUUUGGCGGAUACAAGGGGAGAAGAGUGAUGCGCAUCGCGCUAUCCAUUGCCAUGUUAGCAGUGGCGGAGCGGACAAAGAACGUCGAGAUCAUCUUCGGGAAAAAGGUCGUCGGCGGCAAGGAAUUCGAGGAUAAAGCCGUCUUGCUCUUCCAGGACGGUUCUGAGGCGGUUGCCGAUUUGGUCAUCGGUUGUGAUGGCGUACACUCGGCUGUUCGAACUAAAUUUGUUGACAUCGAUCGGCCAGCUGAGUACACGGGGCUGUCUUUCUUGCAGGCGACCAUUGACGCGAAGUCCAUCUCUUCGCCUGUCCAUUUCCGAUCGUCAUCGCUCAACAUCUCGCGACAUGGCUCAUUACUGGCAAGCUACUGUGACCGCGACCGGGAGCAAAUCUUCGUCGCUGCUGUCGUGCCUUUCGUCCAAGAGGCUUUGACUCACUAUCGACUCGUACCCGGUCAGGACUGGGCUACCAAGGAAAGAAUUCGCUCUGGCCUCCGCGAAGAACUCAAAAAGCGCUUCGGCAAGUGUUUCAUCCCGUGCAUCAAAGAGAUGAUGGAUAGCAAAGCGGACUGGAUGCUUUAUCCUGUAUAUCAAGUUCGCCCUGGAGGGCGCUGGUGCAUGAACCGAGUUAUUCUGCUAGGGGACGCAGCACACGCGAUGCCGCCACGUGAUGAGUCGGCUGCAUACGCCCUGGACGACGCUAUCCUGUUCUCUCGCAUCCUAGCGCGCUAUCGCUCAGAGCCUCUGACGGAGGCCUUUGACGCAUACGAGACAUUGCGUCGGAAGACAAUCGACCAUGCGUUCAAAGAGUCUCGGCGUAUGUGGGAGCGAAAUCGAGAUAUGGGGUUGAUCGAGGGCAGACUUAAAGAGUUGACGUUGUAUCUUCAUAUCAAAAGCCGGGCGACCCAACGAGAGGCUGCGUGGGAGUUUGACGCUACCAAGAUUCCCCUACCCACGCCGGCUACAUGUGAAGAGGUGGUAUCGUUGAAGACGAUUUUGAGCGAGAAGACUCUCUGA